AUGGAGAGGAGCAGAAAGUUCUUCGCUCAAGGGAUGGUGAUCCUGCGGAAUUAUGUGCCACAGAAGGCGGCGACCAAGUUGCUGAAUAUAUUGAGUUUCGAACAAAUUCUUCAUUUACUUAACCAGGCUCCUGGGGCAGCGAUGCAGUGUGGCUGUGAAACUGAAUUUGUACACUACUGGCUUCCAGGAUUCCUGUGUGCUUCGGGACUAUUCUCCGCAGGCAUCGCCUACCCAGACUGGGCCUACAAGCCAGACUCCAGCCCUGGGAGCCGCCAAAUACAGCUUUGGCACUUCCUCCUGGACCUACUGCGCACGGAGGAGUUCCGGGAGGUGAUCACGUGGCAGGGAGAAUUCGGGGAGUUUGUCAUCAAGGAUCCCGAUGAGGUGGCUCGCCUGUGGGGAGCGAGGAAGGGCAAGCCCCAGAUGAACUAUGAUAAACUCAGCAGGGCCCUCAGGUAUUACUACAACAAGCGGAUUUUGAAUAAGACCAAGGGCAAGAGGUUUACUUAUAAGUUCAACUUCAGUACACUGGUGAUGUUGAAAUGGCCACUAUGGGACCUGCCAAUAUCUCCACUACUCUUGGGAAUUCCUGUGGAGGUCCCUCAAGUGCUGGAACCUCGUGUUGCCCAGUCCCAGGUCAGUCAGUGCAUUGCGUUACCUAACCACAAUGGCACAGCAGUAAGUGCUCAUUACCCACGGAUCGUCUCCGGGCAGGGGACGUGGGCGCUGUAUGCCGCGGGAGUGAACGGCUGA